UGGAGGUGAGACGAGAACGCUUUUUUGCUUUUCGUCUUUCUCUCUCUCUUUCUUUCUUCACUACCUCUCACCUCUCUGUUUACACGAUUCUUCUUCUUCUUCUUCUUCUUCUUUAGAUGUCUUCUUCCUCCAUUGUCAUCUACCUCUCUACACUUCAUUUUCUUGUUGGAAGAAGAUCGAUUACCGGUGACUCAUUCUUAGUGAUGACAGUAUAAUGUCUGAUGCUUAUUAUCAUCAUCAUCAUCAUCGGAGACAUUCUUCCUCUUCACGUCUAUGGAUUUUAAUGCCGGAGUUCCCAUGUCUUCUCUUUCACCUUUGAUGAAUCAAGGUCCUAUCAAUUUCUUCUUUCUUUUCUCUGUUUUGAUCGGCAAAUUUUGGUUAUUUGUUUUGUUUUUAAACGGAUUGGGUUUAAUCUCAGUUUCUUCUUCUUGGUUUGGGUUGUGGUUUAUGAUCAGAUGCAAUGUGGCAAAUGAAUUUGAGUUCAGAUGAAACAAUGGAAACUGGUUCUUACCCUGAACGACCAGGAGAGCCUGAUUGUUCUUAUUACAUAAGAACUGGUCUUUGUAGAUUUGGCUCUACUUGUCGGUUCAACCAUCCUCGUGAUCGGGAACUGGUUAUAGCUACUGCAAGGAUGAGAGGAGAAUACCCUGAAAGGAUUGGUCAGCCUGAAUGCGAGUACUAUUUGAAGACAGGAACCUGCAAGUUUGGAGUAACAUGUAAGUUUCAUCAUCCAAGGAACAAAGCUGGGAUUGCUGGAAGAGUCUCUCUCAAUAUGUUAGGCUAUCCUCUACGCUCGAAUGAGGUUGAUUGUGCUUAUUUCCUAAGAACCGGACACUGUAAAUUUGGUGGUACUUGUAAAUUCAACCACCCUCAGCCUCAACCAACCAACAUGAUGGUUCCUACCUCAGGGCAACAGUCUUAUCCUUGGUCAAGAGCUUCUUUUAUUGCCAGCCCUCGUUGGCAAGAUCCGUCUAGCUACGCUUCCUUAAUCAUGCCUCAAGGAGUUGUCCCGGUUCAAGGAUGGAACCCUUACAGUGGUCAGCUCGGCUCAGUUUCUCCUUCAGGUACCGGAAAUGAUCAAAACUACAGAAAUUUACAGCAGAACGAGACAAUAGAGUCAGGCUCUCAGUCUCAAGGAUCAUUCUCGGGUUACAAUCCGGGAUCCUCUGUUCCGCUAGGAGGGUAUUAUGCAUUGCCGAGGGAAAAUGUGUUCCCGGAGAGACCAGGACAACCCGAAUGCCAAUUCUACAUGAAGACAGGUGACUGCAAAUUUGGCACAGUUUGCAAAUUUCACCAUCCUAGAGACAGACAAGCUCCUCCUCCUGAUUGUCUCUUAAGCUCCAUUGGCCUCCCCUUACGCCCGGGAGAACCGUUGUGUGUGUUCUAUACACGCUAUGGAAUCUGCAAAUUUGGUCCAAGCUGUAAAUUUGAUCACCCAAUGCGAGUAUUCACAUACGACAACACAGCUUCAGAGACAGAUGAGGUAGUGGAAACAUCAACAGGGAAAUCUAGAAGACUCUCUGUGUCUGAAACAAGACAAGCAGCAACAACAUCCUCUGGUAAAGACACUACCAUUGAUAAUACACAGCAGUGAAGAAACAAAGGAAGAAGAAGAAGAGCUUUUAAACAAGAAGAAAAACAAAAGCUUUUUGAUUUUUCAAAAGAGGAAUCUGUAAAUUCUCAUUUUCAUUUAGUCUCUCAAGCAUUUAUUAAUAAUGUAUAGAGGUGAUUUAUACAACUGAUCUUGAUCUUGAUCUGAUCGCCAUUGUUGUAAUAUUCUUUUGGCGAAUCAGGUUCAAUAAAAUUGAAAGUAAUUUCCCUC